AUGGCAUUUAAGGUCGAGAUAAAGGCGACCCACAUCGUUAAACCAUCGUCCUCCACUUCCGACCACCUGGAAACCCAUAAAUUAUCUCUUUUAGAUCAGUUAUCGCCUUCGGUUUACCCUCCGAUAAUCUUCUUCUACGAUACAAAGCAAGACUCGAACCUAACCCCUCUGCUCAAGGCCUCUUUGUCCAGAGUCUUGGCCUCGUUUUAUCCAUAUGCUGGACGUAUAAAUGGAGACGCUUUUGUUGAUUGCAAUGAUGACGGAAUCCCGUAUUCUGAAGCCAUUGUUGAUUGUUCUCUAUCUGAUGUACUUAAAGAAUGCGAUUUGAAUUUGAUGACCCAAUUUGUUCCUUUAACUGAGGAAUCUGUGAAUCCUGACCACACGAUUCCGUUGCUAGUCCAAGUGAGCUUCUUCAAGUGCGGUGGAAUCGCAAUUGGUGCCUGUUCUUCGCAUAAGAUCGGUGAUGCGGCCAACUUCUUUACGUUUAUUCGCGAAUGGGCAAAUGUUUCAUUGAACGAUAACUUGCUUUUGGUUCCAGAUUUCACCAUCUCAUCUCUAUUCCCUUCGAUCGGUUCCUUGAAUUUCAACACCGGGAUCAAGAUUCCGAUGAACGAGAAACUCGUUCGAAAGAGGUUUGUUUUCGAUGCUUCAAGUAUAUCAUCACUCAAGGCCCAAACAACCCCUUCCACACGCGUUCAAGCCGUUUCUGCGCUCAUCUGGAAAUGCGCUAUGAACGCGGUCAAGACCUCCGUUCAUGGACCAGACAAGCCCGAGACAAAAUCAUCGAUAGCGAUGACGCUCGUGAAUAUGCGAGGACGGCUCAACCCGCCAUUGCCGGAGACCUCCUUCGGCAACUUUGUUGGGUCUUUUUUGGCCGAGAAACGCUUUGACGACGAUGGCGAGAUUGAGUUGGGUGGCUUGGUGGCUCAAUUAAGACAUGGGUUUAAAGAAUUCUGUGAUGUUUACAUGAAAGAAGUUCAAGAUCCCAAAGAUGGGAUGCUUGCAAUCUUGAAUUAUAGUAAGAAAAUUGGGGAAAUGUUGCAGAGGAAUGGAACUGAAGUGUUCACGUUUAGCAGUUGGUGUGGAUUCCCAUUGUAUGAGAUUGAUUUCGGGUGGGGAAAGCCAAGGUGGAUUAGUGUUACAAACACGCCAUUCAGGAAUGGAAUCAUGAUGAUGGAUACUAAAGAAGGGAAUGGAAUUGAAGUUUGGGCCAAUUUGGAGGAAGACGUUAUGGCCAUCUUUGAACAAGACCAUCACUUGUUGGCUUAUUGUUCUUCGAUUCCAUGUGAUCAAUGA